UUUGACAGGCAAAAACCUAGCGCUGGUUCCAGCUAUAUAAACUGGACACACUUUGGAAGCCGUAUCAUUUCCAAGUUUAUCAUCCAGUAGAGAACAGCAACAUGGCCUUCAAGCUUGUCGCCGUUUCGGUUGUUCUGGCCCUCGUGGGAAUCCAACGUGGAUUAGCAGGCCAUGCUCAUAGUUUCGCACAUUUCCAUGGACCAGUUGAGGGACCUGCUCACGAGGUCACAGUUCAUGACAAACAUGGUCAUCAUCAUGUGGACUACGUGGCUCAUCCUAAAUACGAGUUCUCAUAUGGUGUUGAAGACCACCAUACUGGAGACUACCACGGCCAGAAAGAACACAGAGAUGGAAAAAAUGUCAAUGGUGAAUACACAAUCAAAGAGCCCGGCGGUAAUGUCAGAACUGUAAAAUACCACGCAGAUCCCCAUGGAGGAUUCUUCGCCCACGUUCACAAUUCUGGCGGAAACGAUCACCAUGGAGGAACUUACGGAGGCCAUGGACUUGAGCAUGGGAAUGGCCAUUAUUAAUUUAUCUACUUGAAGAUUGAAGAGGAAUUACCUAAGUCUUAAGACCACUUCCAACUGACUUUUUUGACUACUUAUUGUUUCGUACGUUUUAUAUUAUAUUUGUUAUAUGAAUAAAUAUUAACUGUUGAUCAUUA